UGCACUGAAUUACUGAUCUCGCGUUAACUCUGUGAUACUACAGAUCCGCUCAGAAAACAUGGCUGAAACCGCUCCAGCUGCUGCCGCCGCGCCCGCUAAAGCGCCCAAGAAGAAAUCUGCUGCAAAAGCCAAGAAAACCGGACCAAGUGUGGGUGAUCUCAUCGUCAAAACCGUUUCGGCUUCCAAGGAGAGGAGCGGCGUCUCUCUCGCUGCCUUGAAGAAAGCGCUCGCCGCCGGUGGCUACGACGUGGAGAAGAACAACUCCCGCGUCAAGAUCGCCAUCAAGAAUUUGGUGACUAAAGGCACUCUGGUCCAGACCAAAGGCACCGGCGCUUCCGGCUCUUUCAAACUCAACAAAAAGCAGGCAGAGACCAAGGCAAAACCAGCGAAGAAAGCCGCUCCUAAAGCAAAGAAGCCCGCAGCCAAGAAACCCGCCGCGGCCAAGAAGCCCAAGACUGCAGCGACAAAGAAGACCGCCGCUAAGAAAUCACCCAAGAAAGCAGCGAAGAAACCAGCCGCCACCGCCGCUAAAAAGGCAACAAAGAGCCCCAAGAAAGCAAAGAAGCCAGCGGCUCCUAAGAAAGCAGCGAAGAGCCCCAAAAAAGCAAAGGCUGCUAAACCCAAGACGACAAAGCCCAAAGCAGCAGCUAAGCCUAAAAAGGCAGCGCCCAAGAAGAAAUAAAGCAACUCUUUAUUUUUUUUUAUACAACCCAAAGGCUCUUUUAAGAGCCAU